AGUACAGUUUUAAUAUUAUUUCUAAUAUGAAUAGGUGUCUCAUCUUGUACGUGGUCAUUUUACAAAAGCAGGAGUUGCACCAAAAAAAGUGUUGCAAGAGUUUCGUGUGACCAAGGAUGCAUUGUUAACUGUUGGGACUAAACUCAGUGCUUCACAUUUUAUUGCUGGUCAGCAUGUUGAUGUAUCUGGAAUAACAAAAGGGAAAGGAUUUCAAGGAGUUAUGAAAAGGCAUGGUAUGAAAGGUCAACCAAGUUCACAUGGAGUAUCCAAAACUCAUAGAAAGAUGGGAGCUACUGGGGGUGGUGGAGAUCCUGGUAGAAUUUGGCCUGGCAAAAAAAUGCCUGGAAGAAUGGGAGGGACAAAAGUGACAACAUUGAAUUUGAAGGUUUAUCGAAUCAACCAUCACUAUAAUGUACUAUUUGUGAAAGGCUGUGUUCCUGGUGCCAUUAAUUCAAUUAUUAGAGUUUCUGAUGCUAAAAGGCUUGCUCACAAAGAUUGUCCUUUUCCUACCAAUUUUGAAGACACCUUUAAGCUAUCUGAAGAGACUUAUUGGGAAUAUCUUCAGCCCAUACAUUCGGAACUGUACUUAAAUAAUUAAUUUUCUGCCUUUGUACUGCUGCAAACAGUUUUAGUUUUUUCAUUAUUUAAUCAUGUCUGUGAACUCCACUUUGAUCACACAUUA